CGAAUAAUUCCAAUAAAGUUGUGAUAUAGCUUCAACAGAUACCUAUAUUUAUUUAUCGAUGUCCUGCUCCAAGACAAGGAUGAGGUAUUGAGCAUAACCAGGCUUAACAUCAUGAAAAGGCACAUCUCCUGUGACGGUCUUUGGCAAACCUAAGACAAAGGCGUGAAUUACAACCACACCCAAGCAUAAAACGCUGUAUAAAACAGACAUGUAUACCACAGCAGGAGAAGGCGAUAUACCAGAAUCUCUCGCUCUCCUGAGUCGACACAAGAGAGAUCUAAAAUGGAGCGAUGUCGAGGAUUUUUACGCAGACAAAAACAAUUUUGCUAUGUACUUGGUUCUACCAAUCAUUGUGAUAGUCUACGGCGGUUGUGCAGUGAUAUACUGCAUCGCCAGAUGUCGACGGUAUAUACGUAGAAGGAAGAAACACCCGCUUGUUGCACAUGAAGAAACAGAUGACGAGCCAAUGAGUAAUGGCGCCAUGGCAGACAAUAUACCCUCAAUACCCGUACGGGGCUCCAACGGCAAUGUUCCAUCGAUACCUGUUCAGAGAGAGGGCGCACAAACGUCUUCAGACGUUCAUGUGGCGGUUGGGCAAGAACGCCAAUCGCCUCUCCCCUGGCAGGUUCCUGGCGAUGACACGACUCCAAAGGCCGCCAGUGGGACACCUAUUAAAGCUGUUCCACCUUCGAAUCAUUAUCGAACGCAAAACUCGUUUGAAAACAAGGCUUAUGAAAACGACUUUGAUAAGAAAAAUCGUUCUCCCGGAGCUCCACCAGGCUACGACGAAAGCUAUAAACCAGUUAGACCAAUGUCAAAACCUCCUCCGUAUGAAGAGAAAGGAAUAUCGCAUCGGCGUGGAUCUGUAGAAGAAAUCAUUACCCUUGAAUCAACACAUCCACCCCCUAAGAAAUCAGUUAUCAACGAAAGAAAACGCCCCCGAUCUGGACUUCGUUCGUCCUCCCGCGCGUCAAUGAAGAGCGAAUCGAUCGACGAAGAUCGCGAACGAGCCCGACAGCUUGUCCGAGGUGACCGGCCUCCACGAAGGGAACCCAUUGCUGUUAAUGUACAACGGCAGCGGACGCCGGACAUCAUUUCGCAUGCGCGUACGCAGCCCCUUAAACCGCAAUACAUACCACCCAUGCAAAACAACAAUGAGAACGCAAAAGCCGACGCUGCGGCAAUGGCGCGACAAGCCGCGCAACUUCUUCGGCUUGAUCAGAUGGAGCGCCAGGUAGGGAAGAAAAAGAAACGGCUCGUGUUUGUAGCGGAAUAAUACAAUUGAUAUCAGACGCAUAUUAACAAUACUUGUGGGCAAUGGAAUCAUGAGACUGACGACUCCUUGUGCAUUCCGGAUUAUGGUCCGGUUACGGAUGUGUGAACAUUGAAUUUUACAGGCACUUUAACUCACGCUGGAAUAAGUUCAAGAUGAAAAAGUAUUAACCAUGAACAUUCCGUACUUUAACUCUAGACAUAUGAGUUUGUAAAAGAGUGUUUGUUCGUGUAUAUCAGACAAACCUUUUAAUAUUGUAGCACAUUGACUGAAUUCAAAGAUUGUACCUAAAAGACUUGGAGCCUUUCCAAGAUGUCACGGCUUUGAAUACCAGACUCGGUAAAUGGAACAAUGUUUUAGUGGUAGCCUAACCGGUCCAUUGUGUUUUCUCCGGGUAUAACGGCGUUCCUGACAGAACAAGAAUGCUCAUCCGCGUUCAAUCAUGCCCCAAUUUGUAAUUAUAACGUAUAUUUUUCAAUCGUUAUAAGAUAUGAACUGGAAAAAAAUAAUAAUGUUUUAAAAAAUAAUUCAACUGGUUUCGGCUAUAUUUGAUACAUAUAUGCAUAAAUGCAUGCUUAUGGACCAGUAUUCAUAAAACAGCAUAAGUAAUUUCUUGACUUAAAGCUGCUCUGUCACAGAUAUACCUUUUUUACAACUUUUUUUUAUUUUGUGUCUUGGAAAGAGCAUAUUUUGGCGUAUAUAUCUGCCAACCAAUGAUAAAAGAUUGCUGACAACAGAUCGGAUCGCAGAUGUUCAUAUAUCUGUUCGAAAAUUGAUGUUUUAUGGCUUAAAUCGUUACUAACGGUUUAAGAAAAAUGCAUAAAACAUAAAUUUUUGAACUUAAAUAAAUUUGCGAUCUAUUUUUUUGUCAGAAGUUUUAUAUAACUGGUGUCCAUGCAUUUUCGCAAAAAUUGGCUCAUUCCAAGACAAAAAAAUAAAAAAAAGUUGUCAAAACGUUCGAUCUGUGAGAGUGCAGCUUUAACUCGAUUUCCAAAAGUUUCCAUAGCCAAAUUAAAGUAUAGUAUAAGCGUUUUAACAUAAAAGUAUGCGCAUUUAAUCAAAUCAAUGAAAUUAAAGUAUUUCAUAUAUUUUUAAGCUAUUAUAUCAGAUGACCAGUAAGAUUUUUAUUUAAGGAAAAUGACUUGAGUUAUUAGAUGAUUUUAAAUGAGUUUUAUGAAUACCGACCUCGGACCCGAUUUCUCAAACAUUCUUUAAUCCAUUAUGACUGGAUUUAUGUAAGCUGACUUUAUUGGUUUUGGUAUAAAUUGUGCAAUUUUCUCCAUUCAACGAGUUUUGCUAUAGGAAAUUAUAUGAUUAAAAAUAUGUCUUGGAUUAUGCUAUUAUUUGACUAAAUGAAAUCUUAUAUUUCUACCUGUUUUGUUCAUGAUAUUUCGAGAAAUCGGGGCCAUUUUGGAAGUUAUAUUGGUGAGAAUUAUGCUGUGUAGGCAACUGUUUAUUGUUUUAUGACAACGAUGCUUGGUUGGACAAGAACUUCACCAUACGAAUAAAGGCGUUGAUAAUGCGGCGAUGGCAGUUUGAGCGAUUUAAUCGGAAUGUUUUGAACAAUUUACAUAGAUACAGACAAGAUACCGGGGCCAUUGUGAGGAUGUACACACCAUAUACAACAAUUGCGGAAUACAACGAGUUGGACUGCUCAUGGAUAUAACUAUUGUUCCAUUACGUGUGUCUGAACGAGGUUAUGUUAAAUAUUUCCUAAGGAAUUAUCAUUAAUAACAAUUGUUAUAGUUUGCCUUGUGCAAUUUGUAAUGUUAGUUUUGUAAUUAGAGGUUAUUCUUUAACUGUAUUGUACACUUAACUUUAAUGGAACUUUCAUAAAUCUUCAAGAAAUACCGAGCCGGUAUUUAUACAUCCUUUUUUAUCUUCAGUCUUCUCACUGAUCAUAUUACAUAAUAACGGAAUGAUAUCUCAAAUUCUUUAUCUUCAUUGAUUUGUUUGAGAUUACAUACCGUUAUGUUAACUCUUUUGCUGUUAUUUUAAGUAUUAGUUAGAGGAUAUCAAGUAAACCUAAUUGAUGAUGAAGGGGCGGUGCGAUCGCAUGUUUUUAACCAGUAAGAAUUUACUUAAUAUCUCCUGACUGACUUUGAAUGUAACUUACAUUUUGAUUGGCCGCCGUAUUCGGCAAACAACCUUGAUCAUGUUGUGUUAAUAGAACUAGCGGGUGAUGUUUGAAUAUUUUUGAAAAUGAUGAAAAAAUGAAUUAUUUUAAAAAUAGGUCAAUUGAGGCACAGCUUCUUUCCACGUCUUUCUAUUAGAGUUUUGUAUAGUUUACAGUGACAUGGCUGCACAUUACGAACAUGUCCUACACUCACUUAACAUGUCAUUGAAAUACACAUGAGUGGUUGCUAUGGUUUUCCAUUUUGUUGAUAUACUGCAUAUUCAUUUUCAAUGUUGAUUAAAAAGCAAAUUCCACCAAGAAAAUCAUUCGCGAAGUUGUAUAGCACGAAACAAGAGUAUUAUUGAAACAAAACAAAAUUACUUAUAAUAUCGUGUAUGUAUUAUUUUGAUUUGAAGACACAACAAAUAGCGUGAAUGUAAAUAAAACAAUGUACUUUAUGACAGGUCAACUUGUUUUGAAAGGGUAAAACUCUAAUGGACGGCAAAGAUAAAUUUCCAAAUAUUUGAACGCUUACAGAGUAGGCGGAGCUUGAAAAACCUUCUGACCGUUAAAAUUCUUAAGUUAAGAAAUGACUAAUUAGCUUUAUGAAAAGCGGCCCUGUAGGACUACAUUAAACUUUGUGAAAUUGUGUGAUAGGAGUUAUUAACUGGGAACUACAACUGAGUUAACUAUAACUUAAAUGUUAUCAGUUCGUACCUAUACGAUAUAUGACAUUGUAAUAAUUUCAAUAACUGUACAAUAACGUACGUGUCCAUAAAUCUACGAGUCAUGUACAAUAGGUGCGUGAAAAUGGAAAAGUUGCUAUGUAGUUUGAGUGUUUCGUUGAAAUAGGUUCCGUUAAAAGUCACAAACGUUUUAAAUGUAGAAAAUUAUGUACACUAACCCAUACAAAAUAUGGAGCUUAGCUUUAUCGUGUUUUAAGGGACUUCAUAAUGCAUAUGCUUUUAGUCCAUCGUAUAUGUGUCAUUGUUUUGUGAGACAGCUUAUACAAACGCCCUUUUAGUUUUAGACACGGUUCUCUUGUAUUUGUUAAAUGGCUGUUGGAAAAGAAUUAAUGAAAUAUAAAUUGGUGAAAUGGAUGUUCUAUGUAUAUAAUGUAGUUUUCAUUAUAUACAUAAAAUAAAGCUUCGUGAUAAACGUUUGUCCGUAUUCUGCCAAGUGCAAUGUUAUUUUGUCAUAAUGUAUAGCUACUCUCUAA